ACAGCGUGAAAUUACAUAGCACCACCCGUGCAGGACAGGUAGGACAGGAAGGACAGGCGACAGCGAUGCAGGGAGCAGCUUAAUGGACUUGUGAACUGUUGCGGGUUUAAUUGUCCAAUACUCUGUCCUGCUCCUUAUCUGCCUUCCUCCUUAUCAACAGAAACCAUAAUGACUUUAAAGUAGGGCGUAGGGUGUGCCAGCAGGCUGUCAUUAACGCAGGGAUUGGUUUUUGUUCUCUACGUUCCUUUGAAAGGUUUACGUAUAGGCUAUUAUUUUGAGGACAAAGGAGACAGAUUGAUUCUGAUGUUAAAAAGGUUUGUAUAUUUCGAGGGAACUACAUGGUGAAGGGGGUCGAUGGGAGUUGGGGUUCACUGGAGAGCAGCGGGCCGCUCUACAAUCACAGCUCUCAGAGCAAACAGGAGCUCUGGUUUGUUCCAGCGGGAGAAAUGUUGUGUGUGUGUUCUCAGCAGGACGUGCUCCUCUGUGUGCGCGGUCACUGCCGGUUUCUUGCUGUUCCUCGGAGUUUCUCUUCUCUACUUACCGGACCCCUUCACGUCGGAACCGUUUGUUCCUAUCGCUGAGGAAAACCCCGCGGUGACACUCUUGAUUUGGACGCAUCCGUUUGGUCGGUACCGCAAACUUCCGGACUGCUUUGCGCUCUAUCAAGUAAGGGGGUGCACGCUGACCGACGACACCUUUGAUUACGCGGAGGCUGAUGCUGUGAUCUUUCACCACCGGGACAUUGCCACCAGCACCGUAGAGCUGCCACCGGAACCGCGUCCACCUGCGCAAAAGUGGAUAUGGAUGAACUACGAGUCCCCCACGCACACGCCCCGUCUGUGGCGCUUCGAGGGACGUUUCAACCUCACAAUGAGCUACCGGACAGACUCGGACAUUUUCCUUCCCUACGGUUAUCUGAUCCCCCGUGUGCACACAGCCGAGGGUCUCCGGAACCUCAAUACGCACCCUCUCCGAGGACCCUCGCGAUCAGACCGCCCCCGGCCCCGCCUCGUUGCGUGGGUCGUGAGCAAUUGGUCGGAGUCCCAUGCGCGCGUGGCCUUCUACUACAAGCUCCGUCAGUACAUCCAGGUGGAUGUGUUCGGCCGUGCGGGCCGCCCGUUACCGGAGGAUAACGGCAAGGGCAGCGUGGUGCGGCUGGUGGGACGGUACCAGUUCUACCUGGCGCUGGAGAACUCGCAGCACACCGACUACAUCACGGAGAAGCUGUGGCACGCCGUGCUGGCCGGUGCCGUGCCGGUGGUCCUGGGUCCUUCCAGGCAGAACUAUGAGCGCUUCCUUCCCCCGGAGGCCUUCAUCCACGUGGACGACUUCCCCACAGUCCGAGGGCUGGCCCGGUACCUGUUGAUGCUGAGGCACAACCCGGCCCGGCUGAAGCGGCACCUUGACUGGAGAGGGAGCUACAGCGUGCACCAACCCGCCUUCUGGGCUGAACACUACUGCACGGCCUGCAGGGCGGUGAGGAAGACCAGAGGCAGGACUGAUGUGGUCCAACACUUGACACGCUGGUUUCGGUCGUGAAAAAAAGCAUUACAAAGCUGAGAGAUAACCAUGAGGGCAGCUUGUAAUCACACUGUGAUAAUAAGAGAGAAAAGCACAAAUUCACUACUGAGCAUCAUUUUUCAAAGUUUACAACAGAAAUCUAUUUAUCAUCAAUCACAAUGAAGACAAUUUUAUGGCACAUUUAACCUGAAAUGACCCAAAAAUUGGCCUCAGAUAACCUCACAAUUGUGACGAUGGAAAUAAAUCUAUCCCUGACAAAGUCUGAUAUAGCUAUUUGGUUUUAUUGUUGUCAAUAAAUCUAAACCUACAGUCUAUAGAGACUCUCUGUCCUUUAGACUCUUGAUCUAUUUAGCAAAGUGUAUUUGGUUCCAGGCAGCUGCUGGUUUCAAACAACUUGCAGAGACAAGACUUAUUUGAGAUGAUUCAUCGCUGUAAACAAGACGUUUAUUGUUUUUAGGGUUGUCAAACUGUUAUUUCAACUGUGAUAUCAUGCAAUAUUAUCUGUAUGGUAGCCUAUUAUAUGCAACUAACUUCAAAAGGUGACUGACAUGAAGGUGAAUAAAUAAAGCUGUGACAUUUAUCUUGAGCAAGUUUAACAUCAGAGUUUAGAAUAGGGAUUGCUGUUAUAAUUUAGAUGGUUAAAUUUGGAAAAAACGUUACAUCAAAUUAGGGUUAGGUUAGUGUCUAGUUAGUGAGAGUGUGUAUGUGUGUGUGAAUGUACCAAUCUGUUGUGCGUUUGCUUGAUUCAGGGAGGUAAUAAAGGUAUAAAUAGAAACCA